AUGUCUGAAAACAACAAAAACAUUCAUCCAAAAGCUCUUCAAAUCCCAAGUGGAUCAGGUGAACUUGAUCGUAUACAAGGAAUUAUUAAUGAUUUAAGUGCUGAUAAUAAAAAACUAAAAGAAGAAAUAGAACUUUUAAAAACAAAUAACCCUCUAUUAGAACAAGAAAUCAAAGACUUAAAAGAUGCAAACGAUAACUUAAAAAAAGAAAACGAAAAUUUAAAAACAACAAACGAAGGAUUAAAAAAAGAAAAUGAAGAAUUAAAAAAUGAAAUUAAACCCCUCACUGAUAAAGUCCACGACUUGGAAGAAGAAAAUAAAAAAAUUAAAACGGAAAAUGAUGAAAACACCAAAGAAAAUUUACGUUAUGAAAAAACUUUAAAAAAUCUUAAGUCAAAUAUUGAUAAUACUUUGAAUUUAUUUAAUAUUGAAUAUAAUUUUAAUAAUCCAAUUGAAAAAAAAAUGGAAGAUAUUUUAAAAUUAGUAAAAGAUAUGACAACUAUUG